AUGAACGGCCUAGAAAUCUCCCCCUUCAUCGCUGCCCUCCCCAAGGUCGAGCUGCACAUCCACAUCGAGGGCACCCUCCUCCCGGCCCUCCGGUGGAAGCUCGCCAAGCGCAACAACGUGCCCCUGCAGUACGACACCUACGAGGCGUUGCUGGAGUCCUACAACGUCUUCUUCAACCACCGCCCGGAGAUCAACGGCCGCGUGCCCGGAAUCCCGACCUUCCUCGAGGCCUACUUCGCCGGCUGCGAGGUCCUCAAGACCGAGGAUGACUUUUACGAAAUGUCCAUGGACUACCUCCGCCGCUGCGCAGAGAUGAACGUCCGCUACGUCGAGCCCUUCUUCGACAUCCAGGCGCACACGCGCCGCGGCGUGCCCGCCGAGGACGUGCUCAACGGCUACCUGAGGGCCCAGCGCGAGGGCGCCGCGCGGCACGGCGUCCGGUCCAACUGGAUCUUCUGCUUCAUCCGCGACGAGAGCCUCGAGGACGGGCUGGCGGCGUACGAGACGGCGAGGCCGUGGGCCGCCGGCACCGUCGAGGGCGGAAAGGGCCUCUUCCACGCCGUCGGGCUCGCGAGCAACGCCUUCGAGAGGCCGCCGAUGCUCUUCGAGGCCGGGUUCCGCAGGGCCAAGGCGGACGGCUUGCACGUGACGAUGCACUGCGACUUCGGGCAGAAGGACACCCACGAGCACGUCCGCGAGGCCAUCUUCGAGGUCUGCGGGAGGCAGGGCGCCGAGCGGAUCGACCACGGCCUGGACGCGGCGGACAGCGAGGACCUGCUGCGCGGCCUGUUGGACCGAGGCAUCGGGCUGACGCUGUGCCCGCACGCGUACCACCGGCGCACGCCGACCGAGGUGCUGUUCCCCAAGAUCCGGGCGCUGUGGGACAGAGGCGUCAAGUUCUGCAUCAACAGCGACGACCCAGUGUACAUGCACGACGUGUGGGUGAACGGCAACAUGCAGAAGGCGUACACGUACUGCCGGUUUACCAAGGCGGACAUGGUGGCGCUGGCGAGGAACGGGGUGGACAUGUCGUGGGCGAGCGACGAGGUCAAACGGGAGCUUUACCGGGAGCUGGACGCGGUCGACGUCUCCGAGUAA